AACCACACUAAAAGAUGAACACAUGUUUCCCGCGGUUCCUUCUCCAAGCUGAGUUCCUCUCAGGAAUCUCUCUUCAGCCUAAAAAUUGUGCUUAUUCUCUUUUCUCGAACCGGAAAAGAAGAUACUGCGCGAUUUCACGUUCGUUAUCUGCUAAGGUGAACACAUACGUUUUUGUUCUCGCUAACUUAGUGAAGCCAACUAAGGAAACGCUGAUUGUAGUAGGUGGCGGAGCUGCCGGCAUUUAUGGAGCCAUAAGAGCGAAAACUGUUGCGCCUGACCUCAAUGUUGUUGUUAUUGAGAAAGGAAAGCCGUUAUCGAAGGUUAAGAUUUCUGGUGGUGGUCGAUGUAAUGUGACAAAUGGACAUCACACUGAUAAUGUGGUUUUGGCAGGAUACUAUCCUAGAGGCAAUAAAGAAUUGCGAGGGUCAUUUUUCAAGGUGCAUGGCCCAAUUGAUACCAUGUCAUGGUUUUCAGAUUGUGGAGUUGAACUGAAGACUGAACCUGACGGAAGAGUAUUUCCAGUCACUGACAGCUCAUCAACUAUUAUAGAUUGCCUAAUAUCUGAAGCGAGGAAGAGAGGGGUUGUUCUGGAGACUGGUAAAACUGUUACCAGUGUUUCAGCAAUUUCUGGUUGCAAAUUCUCUGUCAAAGUAGAAAAACGCACAGUUGGUUAUGUUGAGCAUGCUGAAGCAAAUUUCUUGAUGAUUGCUAGUGGUAGUAGUGAGCAGGGAUACAAACUUGCUGCACAGCUUGGUCAUUCUAUUGUGAAACCUGUACCCAGUCUAUUCACUUUCAAGAUUGAUGAUUUUCAGUUAGUAGAAUUGUCUGGGGUUACCUUCCCUAAGGUGAGAGCACAAUUGAAGCUGGCAACUGUUCAAAAGAGCAUACCCGCACACACACAGGUUGGGCCACUGUUGGUAACACACUGGGGCUUUAGUGGCCCAGUAAUUCUCCGAUUGUCUGCCUGGGGAGCUCGUGAGCUCUCAGAUUCUGAUUAUAAAGGAACACUUCAUCUGGAUUUUGUUCCUGAUUUUAAUGUAGAAGAUCUGAAGUCACUUCUUAUUGCACACAAAAAUAAGUUUGCGAAACAAAAGGUUGCCAAUUCAUUUCCUUCAGAACUUGGCCUUGUGAAGAGAUUCUGGAGAUGUAUUCUAGAACGUGAGGGUUUGGACGGGGAUCUUUUAUGGGCAUACAUAUCCAACAACUCUUUAAUCUCAAUUACUUCUCAUCUGAAAAACUGUUCCUUCAGUGUGAAAGGAAAGGGUCAAUUUAAGGAUGAAUUUGUCACUGCUGGAGGUGUUCCAUUGUCUGAGAUAUCUCUGAACACCAUGGAGAGCCGAAUCCAGCCACAUCUAUUCUUUGCUGGGGAGGUAUUAAAUAUUGACGGAAUAACUGGUGGCUUCAAUUUCCAGGUACCUGAUCAUAUUUCUUUUGCACGGAGUUCUUCUCUUUUAGGCCUUGUGUACGUAGAGGAGUUUUUAAUUUGGUGAAUUGAUUGUUUAUAGGAUUUUGAGGUUUGAUAUUAUAAA